UCAAACUUUGAGCAGGUGGUUAGAAACCCGUCACAGCGUUUCUGAUUUUGAAAAGUUUGCAGAUGGAGUAAUUCCAUUGGAAAAGGACAAGAUUUACCUAACAAUGUGGGACAGCAGUACUUAUCUUGGAAAUAUACGAUCCAAGCCUUCCACCUACGUACCCUGGUUCCUGAAGCCAAAUCCAACCUAUCAAACCUAUGUCUAUUAUAUACGAACGGAAGAGGGAGGCGCGUUUCUAAGUUAUGCUUCAACUUUUAAAGAGCAAGCUCCACCUCAGAGUGAGAAUCAUGAUUUUCAUAAACCAAGGCACUGUUCCAUGAAAAUAGGAGAUACCCUAGUUUAUACAGCUUUGAAUUUUCGAGAGUAUGAUGUUAAUCUACGCAACCAUGCAAGUCCAAGCGAAAAUUUCGCAGGCAAUUUCCCAGCACCCAACUUUCUAUAUAUAGCUAUACCAAGAAAAGGAAUAUACAGAGCACGUUUGCAAUAGUUGUAAUCAUGAAGAGAAAUAUGGGAUGUGUUAAAUAGGGAUUCGAACAAAAUUAAGCGAAAUUUUUGGGUAUUUGCUAAUUAAUUCGAUAAAUUAAGAAUAAUUUAGUUACAAAUUAAGCUUAGUUUUAAAAAUUAUAAAAACAUAAUGAGCCUACGGAGGCACAAUGUCAAAAUUAUGUGUUGAUAGAAAUAUUUUAUAUAAAAAAGAACGAAAAGGAACGUAACUAAAGUUUCUUUACUUUCCUUUUUGUUUCUUUCCACAUAAAACUUUGACCAAACACAAAUUUGGUAGUGUACAUUCGGAGCUGCGUAAUUUUUUACUGACUUUUCAUACUUAGCAUUAUUUUCAGGUAAAUUAUAUAGAAUUUUACGAAAUAAUUGGAAAAUAUCUGAAAAUGCCCCCUCAAUUUCGUUCGAAACCCUGAU